AUGGGGACACUUUGGUUUGGAGAAAUCAAGAAGCAAGCUUCUUUGUUUUUGCAAGACAAGUACAAUGUUGCUAGACUUGUACUCACCGAUGUUACCGAAGCUGAGCUGUUAGUAGAAGAAGCUACAAAUGAUGAUCCUUCUUCUCCAGACGCUAAAACGAUGACUAAAAUAACCGAGGCAUCGUUUGAUACUGUGGAUUAUUGGAGAAUUGUGGCUGUUCUUCAUAGAAAAAUUAUAUGGAAAGAGGAAGGAGAGAUGAAGAAGUGGAGAGAAGCAUAUAAGGCAAUGGUGUUGUUGGAGUUCUUGUUAACACAUGGUUUGAUUCAGAAGAAGGCAGAUCAAAUUCAAACACUUCUUUUAGGGAAAGAAGAAUUGAGAGAAGCUCGUCUUAAAGCCCUCAAAAUCACUUCCCAAAUCAACAACGGCUUCGGAAACUCUUCUCACUUUUCCGCUUCCCCUUCAUUGGACUCAUUCUCUCUCGGGAGAAGCUCCGAUUCAACACCAAUCAAAAGAGACGAUCCCGUAUCCGAAUCCGAUUGGUUGAUCCGCGAGGAAGACGAGAAGAAUCAAUCCGCCGGUGAAGAGACACUUAUCAGAGGAAUUUGCUCCAAAAUCGCUGGAUUUAGCCCUCUCAAGAAACUUCACGGUGGUCCUACGGCGGCCGGGUUUCAUACAUUGUCGAAUGUUGAAAGAGUUUCCAGUAAAUGUUACGAUCGCUGCAAUGAGUGA